UCGUCAACUGCAGUGUGGAAAAGUAUUUCACUGGAAAACAAGCAAUAACGUAUGGUAGCGUGGAAGAAACGAUGCGUAGUGGCAAGAUGCGCGGAAGUGGGACGAAAUCGUAACGUUGAUAAGGUAUUGGAUGCGUAAAUACGGCUGAAAGUCAGAUUUUCGCGAGAAGCAUGUCCCUUCUCGUCAGAUAAUCGUGUCAGAGGUCGUGGCCUCUAUCUAAUCGAGGCUCUGCAAACGCUAUGCACCGAACAACGUACAUGAGAGCUGAGAGCGGAUGGUCAGUCACGAUCCGAUCGUUAAUAACUUAACCUGGUGCGUGAAAACUCGAUCUGAAAAUGCUGAAAUCGUAUCUGUCCGUUCUAUCGAUUAUUUUACUAUUUUCCACGAUCGUCCGACCGGAGGAACAACCGACCUGCAGGCAGAUAAAAGGGUACAAGGUGUGCGACAAAAAGGGAACCCUGAUGGACGUCAGCCAGCAAGAAUUCGAGGAAACGCUAGAGAUUCACGACUUGAACCUGUUAGCUAUUCGAGAAAACACCUUCAAAAAUCUAACGACCACGAAGCUGAGCUUCGGUCUGGGUAACAAAAUCUCUAUGGUGAAAAAGAAAUCGUUCAAAGGAUUGGAAAAACUAGAACGGCUGGACCUAGACAGCAACGUUGUACCUCUGUCACCGAAUCUGUUCUCAGAACUGAAGCAAUUGCAUUCGCUGUCUCUGAUCUUCAAUAAGAUCAAUGAGAUACCCAAAGACACUUUCGCUGACCUGUCCAACUUGAUGUGGCUCUACUUGGGACACAACGACAUCGAAUCAGUGAACAAGGACUCGUUCUCAGGAUUAUCUUCGUCACUGACGUUCCUCUGGUUAAACGACAAUAAAAUCACCAGCAUAGAGACUGGAGCGUUCAGUCAGAUGCCAGAAUUGACCCGUCUUCACUUGGAGAACAAUAAACUAACCUCAAUUCAGCCAGGAGUGUUACGAGGAUUGCACAAGUUGGACGGUCUCUUUCUCGAAGAGAAUGAAUUGACCAGCGUGUCCAAGAACGAUUUCAAAGGACUGAUCGGUUUAAGGAUUUUGAACCUGCAUCACAAUCAGAUAGCAAGUAUCGAGUCAGGAGCAUUCUCUGAUCUCAGUCAGUUGGAACAAUUGGACCUGAGGAAGAAUCAACUGACCCGAGUUGACUCCGGAGUGUUCAAUGGACUGUCCAACUUGAAAAGGUUGGAUCUCUCUGAUAACAAGAUCGCUGUAGUGCAAUCUGGUGCGUUUGCAGGCCUUUCAGCGCUGAAAACCUUAAUCCUGGCGAACAAUAAAUUAACUGACGUAGACAGGAAGGACUUCGGACUGACCAGUUUGACUAUUCUGUAUACGUAAGGCGGGACUAUUCUCUGCUAUAUGCAGUGUUGUACGCAGUUUGCAGAAUGUAGAGAUCGGUGUAAUAAAGAAGUGUGACGUUGUACAUGUUAAA